AUGAGAAAUUUUAGAAGUGGCAAUGCUGUGAAUAUUCCAGUAUCAGAUAAGCAUAGUCUUUUAAAUGAAUAUCGAAUUUUUAGCAGUGUAUUUGAAGCUGGGUUAUUCAUUCUCUUACAGGCAAUGGAUGGUAUUGUAUAUAGAAUAUUGGAAAUCAUUUUAACUGUGGAAUGUACGAUUGGAGUUUUAGGAAAUGGAUUCAUAACAGUAGUGAACUGUGUGGACUGGGUCAAGAGAAGAAAGAUCUCUUCAGCUGAUCAAAUUCUCACUGCUUUGGCACUCUCCAGAAUUGCCCAGCUCCUUUUCCCAUUCAUAUAUGCGUUGAUCUAUGCACUGCAUCCAGAUGUAUUUAUGUCUAGAAAAAUGUUAAAAAUAAUAAUUGUAACUGGGGCAAUGGUCAACCAUUUCAGCAUCUGGCUUGCUGCAAGUCUCAGCAUCUUUUAUUUUCUCAAGAUAGCCAAUUUUUCUAACUCUCUUUUUCUUUACCUAAAGUGGAGAGUUAAAAAGGUGGUGUCAGUGACCCUGCUGAUGUCUCUAAACUUCUUGAUUUUGAAUAUUGUAUUGAUGAACACUCAAGAUGAUGUCUGGAUUGCUGCAUAUAAAGGAAACCUGUCUUUCAGUUCCAGUUUGGAUAAGUUUGCACAGUUUUCCGAUACCUUUUCAUUCAUCAACGUUAUGUUCAUGGUGAUACCCUUCACUCUGUCCCUGAUGACUGCUCUCCUGCUAAUCUUCUCUCUGUGGAGGCACCUGAAGAGGAUGCACCACAGUGCCAAAGGGUCCAGGGACGCCAGCACCGUGGCCCACGUGAAAGCAUUGCAAUCGGUGAUGACCUUUCUGCUACUGUAUGCCAUUUUUUUUCUGUCGCUUCUUGUUGAAAUUUCUUUUCCUUCAGGCCACUCAUUUGUCCUUAUUCUGCGAACCCAUAAGCUGAAGUGGUCCUCUUGUUCAGUGCUGAGGUGGUUGAGGUGCAGGUCCGAGGAUGUGAGGACCCUAAUUAAUUUCAGGGAUCAUCUAGAGUAUUCUUGA